AUGGCCUUCAGCAAGUCACGUUUGCUCUUUGCGGUGUCUGUUGCCGUUCAUGCGAUUACCGGGCUCACUCACGAGUUCCACCAUGGCCAUGGCUCUCAGAUGCCAUUGGACUACGUGAAAUAUCCGUACCAAGCGGUAUAUCCUGGUGACAAUGAAGUGACCGCCGAUUCCAUUUUCUCCGGGAUUACUACAUUCGCCAAACUUCCUUGGGUGCAGUGCCUUGGCAAAGAUAAAGAAGAGGCCUUCGAUAUUGCUUUUAUCGGGGCGCCAUUUGAUACCGGAACAUCGUAUCGACCGGGUGCUCGCUUCGGACCAGCGGGUAUUCGUGCCGGUUCUCGUCGCCUUACACUGUAUGGUGGCUACAACGUACCACUCGCCGUCAACCCCUUCCUUUCUGGCUUGAAACUAGUGGACUGCGGGGAUAUCCCCGUGACUCCUUAUGACAACAAGCACGCCAUCAGACAAAUCGAGUCUGGGCACAAGGAGCUCCUCCACCGUUCCGCUUUCACGCCUCUGGGUAACGAUUCCGCCACUGGCCAACCUUUGAAGCCCUUAUCUAAGGACGGCAAGCAUCACCCCAGGCUCAUCACGCUGGGUGGAGAUCACACCAUUGUCUUGCCCAUUUUGCGUUCUAUCUAUAGCGCCUACGGAGAGAUAUCAGUCAUCCAUUUCGACAGUCACCUCGACACAUGGAAGCCGUCGGUCUUUGGUGGGGCUCCCUCCGAGCAGGCGGCAAUCAACCAUGGCACGUACUUCUAUUGGGCCAGUCAAGAAGGCCUGAUCAAGAACGGAAGCUCAAUCCACGGCGCCAUCCGAACAACACUUUCGGGCCCCGCGGAUUACGAGAACGAUGAUGCCUCCGGCUUUCAAAGGAUCGAGGCACGGGAAAUAGACACUAUCGGUACUGCCGGCAUCAUCAAAAAAAUUCGUGACACCGUCGGCGACAGGCCCGUGUACCUGUCCAUCGAUAUCGAUUCCAUUGACCCAGCAUUUGCUCCUGCUACCGGAACCCCCGAGACCGGCGGUUGGAGCACCCGUGAGCUACGCACAAUUCUGCGAGGAUUGGACGGCCUUCAUAUCGUGUCUGCUGACCUGGUCGAAGUGGCUCCGGCUUACGAUACGAACGCUGAGUUGACCACUAUGGCCGCCGCAGACGUCUUAUAUGAAGUACUCGCUGUGAUGUCGAAGACUCCUUUGGGUAAAGUUGAAGAUUGA